AUGUGCUUGGUAAUUUCCUCACCUACAGCAAGUAUGAACAAGGUCGAAACCGAUGAGGAUGGAAAACUGAUUUGCACCAACACCUCUUGGGGAAGCACUGGCAGGGAAAUAUACUACAUCGUACACGCAAUACUUUUCUACAUAAUUCCAUUGGUCUAUAUGAUUGUAACGCAACGAAAGAUAUUCCGCUCUCUUCGAGUGAUUGCUAUUCCAAUGUGCAACUCGCAUAUCAUCAACACAAAUCAAAGACAUAAGAAAGUUGCAAAGACACUUGCAGCUCUUUCUCUUGCCUUUUUUUCUUGUCAGUCUCCGUUUAUGAUUUUUAGACUGCUGAUGUAUUCUAACUUAGUGUCCCCGAGUCUAGUCUGGAGCGUGACUCAAAUGAUGAUAUGUCUGAAUGUGGCACUCGAUCCUUUAUUAUACGGCUAUUACGGAGAAACUUUGAAGUCUAAGGUGCGACGAUUCCUUCGAUGCAAUUAACAGAACGGGUUGAAGUCCGCCUCCAUCCCUGUAAAAUCAUCUCAGGCUUCUCACAAGGUGUACGGGUAACACUUGCCACAUUCUCAUAAAACUGAACGAGGAGACAAAAGUUUCAUUGGAAGAAAACCAUUACAAGCGAUUCGGCUUUGCUUUCAGGAAAAUAAGUUUUUGGAUAAUGAUCGAAUGAGUGAGAAACGCCUUCUUGGAAAAUUUCUCAUUAUCGACAGAAUGGUGCAGCAAAAAUUAGGGUUCAACUUAACAAUUAAGUCAUUGAGAUCCCUUUUAUUGAAAGUUUAGAGCAACAAUCCAUCACCAAUCCAGAAUACAGGUUCAACAAUCUACCAAUUUUUUGAAGCAGGUGAACAGAAAAUAAUAGAGUAGUGUCCCUAUCGCCGAGAGGUUGACAAAAUCGGAUAAGCGUUAAAACAAAUCCAACACUGAACGUGAUUGGCUAAAGAUUUUGCUCCAAGGUUUGCUCAUUCAUCAUUUUUAAACUGAUCUUUUGUAAAGGAGUACAUGGCAUGACGAAAUCCUACAAUGCUCAGUGAUAAACAGAGCGAUAAACAUUUCAAAAAAUGCUUCAACUAUUCUAUAAAGCUGUCCAAUCUUAGAGAUUAGAACUCGCCGAGGGCUUACAAUGAAAUCAACGGCUUUUUGAAUAAGCUUACACACAAUUACUUUCACAAAGUGCGGAAAUAGCUUAUAAUUAUGUUAGAAGAAUGAAUAGCGAUUAUGCUACUACAUCAUGCAUAUCUGUUGUUUCAGAUUUGGCACCACUUAUAUAAAUAAACGACUCUGGGGACUUUUUUGUUAAGCAUUUUAUGGUUUGCACAGAACCUGCAACUUAUACGAUAGAAUCCUCUCUAAUACACCAAUUAUCGAAAAAGAUCACAGCAAGAAAGGAAACAAUUAUUACCAAACAAUAGUGAAAUAUAUUAGCAAAAUGAAAGCGCCAAGGUACCACCGCGGAAAAAGUCUAGAAUAAACGGGAUUGAGCCUAUCUAAAACGGGGUAAACUGGCUUUUGUAAAGUUAAAAUAAACAAAAAAUACACGACCUGACUCAAAAUAGGAGCCUUCCUGAUCGUUGCACGAGGAAAUUUCUAAGCGCAACGCGUAAUUCCCUCUCUGUUUAAGGGUUUUGAAAUUCUUUAAUCUUUUUUGGCCAACUGACAUCUCACUAUCGUUGUCAAAAGGAAAAUGAUAAGUGGUACGAUUGUAUGAUAUAUCAUUUUAAUAAUAUACGAAGAUGAAAAAAGCAAAAAUUCAACACGAAAGUAUACAAGGGGGAACCAGAACACAAAACCUUUCAGUAAUAACUCGGGAAGAAAGUGUAGUAGAAGAUAUUUCGCGACAUCAACUACAGUCACAUAAUCAAGCGUAUUUAGUGGCCAGUUUUUGCAGCAAUGUACAUGUAUACGCGCUCCUGUGCUUCAGUGAAAUUACAUUGUUUCCUAAUUACGGCUUAAAACGUGUAUUUAUUUUACAAAGGACACCUUUUACUGUUCCUUACGAGGAAAUACGCAUUCAUUUGCGUUAAGGGGCAAACAAUUGCGUCAAAAUACAAUCAUUUGAGACAAAAAACCACCAUUUGCAGGGAAAUCAGAUUCAUUAUUGCAUUUUAAUCAGUAUUCAAUAACAAUUCUAGGCAUUCUUAGACGUCAUUCGUCAAACAAAAGAGAAAAAUAUACUUUCAUUUGCGCUAACAUUCAAGUCAUUUACACCAUCUUGAAAUUGAAUAGAGACAAUACAUAAUUAAUAUAGUGCAGAAACCAUUCAUUAACAUUUUUAUCACACUGUUUGCAAUUCAAUAGCAUUCCUGAACAGCAUUAGUAUGAAUAAGACAAUCAUUCAGUAUGCGCUUGUACAAACAAUUAAGCGUUUUUAUUUUCAAUAUUCAAACAUCGAAUUCCAAUUGAAAAAUACCUAUUCCAAAAUUAUCUUGUUUUGAAUUUCAGUUUACCCUUCAAUAAUCUCUCUAUUUAAACAUUAUGGCAGAUAGGUCUGCAUAGAGUGGUACCAUUGCGCACGUUUAGCCGCUGUCACAGUGUCGAUGUUUCUGUGCAGAGCUUCAAGCAAUUGUUGUGUUCGAAACUCCCCCAGUGGCAUUCCUCUAGCUCUGGCCUCAUCUCUGUUAUCCAUGCGUCUUUGAAUUUCCGGAGACGAGAUGUCAGCCUUGAUUGCCGCUUUCAGACAGCUUAGUGCUUGCUCCACGAUGUUUAGGAAAGGACUGUAGAGAGGAAGCAUUUUAAGCUCUGUGUUUGGGGCGGGAAUGACCGGGUUUCGGUGUGCCGGUGCUCCGUCAUACACAAAGAUCACCUCCCCGUCGGGAUCUAGAGUUUCCCACGCCUGUGCCAGGAAAUUAUCGAAAAGCGCUGCAUUCAUUCCCCCAAAAGCUGCUGAGGAAAACACAUGUCCAUUGAUUGGCGAAACUGCCAUUGUCACAGUCAAGUUUCGACCUCGCUGGCCGCACACUUGACGGUACGCCCUCUCUCCCUGCCGCGCUCUACCGUGGCUUCUGGCCGUCCAGACGUUAUGGCCGCAUCCGUCGACAAACACACAGUGGCGCACUACGGCAUGGUUCAUAAACCAGGUGGCGUAAUCCACUCGCUUGUUCAUCACAUCAGGUCUGUUUCUGACCGCAAGGAGAGGCCUUGCAAGUUUCACUCGGAAAAGCAUCCCGUCUAAUGUCCUUGCCACGGUGCGGUCAUGGAUCUGAGGUUUUAGGGGUAGCCAUCUCCUCAGUUCACCGUUUAUCCGAGCAAGUGUGAGUAAACAGUUUUCGUUUAUGAUUUCCUCUAGGCAAUCUCUCAUCUCUUCGUCCACGCGCACGUUGUUCCUACCUCCUCGUGGUCUUUCCCUGCCCUCUCUGAUGUAGCGCGUCACAAUGUCUCUUACCGUUGAUCAGUUCACUCCGAGCGUAUGCGCGACCACAAGAUAAUCUCCCUCCUCAUCCUCAAAUCCUCUCACGAUUCUCUCUCUGUGUUCGAGUGAUAUUCGGUUUCUUCGUGGCAUUUGCCUGCGGUCAGAAAAACCUUUACAAAGCGAAUGAAGGGGACGAAAUUUACUGAAUACAAGUAACUCCUACGCUGUUAAAGGCCAUCAGGCAAUGUAUACACCUGUAUUUAUUUAAUAUACAACGUAUAUUAAUAAUCACGUAUUGAUCACGGAGAAAAGUCGCUGCAUCAUAUUUAAAAGAGCAAACUCAACGACUUCCACAACUCUUCGCCAUUUUCGCAGCCUUUGGAGAUCAUACGAACUGCGCUGAGCAAAGGGAUCAAUAAUAAGAUAAAAAAUAAUGUGAACGUUUGACUACUGAGGAUUUCCUUUGGGAAGCUAUUAAAUAACAGUUCAGGGGAAACCGUUAAUUUGUUAAACGGAAGAGGAAAACCAAUUAAUAUGUGAAGCUCCAAAGUAAGGUUACAUCUUGACCGCUGUUUUUCCAAAAUAAAUGUCAAUUAUGAUGCUAUUAAAUAUUAGUUACUGCUUAUUAAUGGAACUACUGUUGUGUUAACUCAGGAUCUUCAGUUCACAUGUACACGUACUACCGGCCAAACUAUGCGAUGAAAUGAAUGUACAUUUUCUGCUAAUGGACCGCAAAACGUUCAUUAUCUCCUCAAGGUACUUGUAAUUUUUUUCCUUCUCUCUUCCUCGGGCCUUAUUAAGGUUGAAACUGUUUUUAAUCGACGCACCUUUCUUUGUUUGCGUUAAAAAUAUGUUUUCAAAUAACGAUCGCAUAAAUGUGAAACACCUCCUUAGAAAAUUUCUUAUGAACAGAAUGGUGCAGCAAAAACUAGGGUUCAACGUAACGAUUAAGUCAUUGAGAUCCCUUUAAUUAAAAGCUUAGAGCAACAAACCAUCACCAAUCCACAAUAAAGGUUUAACAAUCUACCAAUUUUUGAAGCAGGUGAACAGAAAAUAUGGUGAGGGAAAACUUUGCUUUGGCCCGCGAACUUUUUAUAGUUGUGAUUCUCUCCGAUAAUGACACUUAUUCCUUUAAGUUCUCAUGUUGCAUUGUAGCAACAAUGCAACAAAUGUGUUUGGAAGCAUUCUGUUGUAUUAUAAUGACUUUCGGAUAAAAUCGUAAUGUAUAUUCAUAUAAAGAUACAAAUAUACACACUUGUACAUUGCCGCUUCACUUUUGGAGAAGAAUAUUGCAUAUGUAUUAGCAAGUGAAUGUUCAGUUUAGAAAGGUGGAUUGUAUGUCUGCAAUUGAGUGUCAUUAUCGAAAAGGUGUAUUGUACGUAUAUCUGCAAAAGCCCUGGAAAAAAGGUGGUAAAUAGUUCACAUUUCAUAAUUGCUAUCGCGAAUCAUUUUGAUAUCUUACAGCUUGAAAAAGGCGAUGCCCAUUUUCUAUGGAGGGGCGGAAACACGAAGGUUAUUAGGUAUGGACAACCCUACGAAUGAAGGUUUACUUCGUACAAAAGAUUGAUAGAUCAGUGUAGAACAAAGGGAAAGAUGUAAUAAUACGUCUGCAACAAAAGAGUGUAGCCAGUUAUGAAACUAAUUUAAUAAAUAAACAUUUACUCGCAUUUGCAUUUGCACUUGAGUGUCUUUGGAAAUUUAAUUUAAUGAAUAUUUCAGGUAUUGGUUCUUAUGAAAGAAAUUACGACGGGAAACCUUCGGGCGUAGUUGUCGUUUGUCCGGAUUGCUUAUGAUCAAAUGGAAGAAACAUGGGAUUAACGGUACCUACGCUCACGGAUUUUCAUUUGGAGAUAUAAAGUGCGGUAAAUACCAACUAUAUUUUUUUUGAAACAAAUAUCAUUGGAGGUAAACCUUCGAGUGUAGUUAUUUGUUGCUUCAACUAUCGUUUACGAUCAAAUGGAAGAAAAAAGAAAAAUUGUCAAAUAGAUUAACGGCAGCUAUACUGAAGGAUUUUCGUUUUAAAAAUAUGGAGUGCAGUGCAUCAGCUCAUAUUUGUGACCGCAGAGGAGGUAUUGUCGAAGCCAAUUCUUUUCUGGCUAAAAAAAAAAGAAACUGUUUCACUCAUUGACUCUACGUGUGUUUGUUUUUGUCGAAUGACAGUGCUUCCAGUUUUUAAUUUAACUCAUUUUGAUUGGUUGCCUGCUCAUUUCCGGAAAUGUAGUGACGCGCAACUACUGGCCCACUUUCUUAUUGCCUUAACGCUUUUAUCCUCAAGAUGCAACUUCUCGUGUCAGAUCUCCAUUCUGAACGAAUUUCAUAUCGAGAGCGAAGCACGUUGGCUUUUCUAUAUUCCAAUCCUUAAUUUGACCUUCAUUCAAGCAUCUUCCUUCGUAACUGUCCACGAUAAUUGAUCCACAGACUGUUUCGCUUUUCAUAUGUGACGACGGGUUACAGUACGUUAAACUUUAGCGGAAUUAUUACUUAAAAACGCCACGUUAUAAGCCACCCCCUGCAAACGCUCUUCAAAAUUAUUAGGUGAACAGUUAGAACUGAACCGCAUGGACCUUAGUUCACACAGAAGUUAUAGCAGUCUUUGCAAUGCUUUUACUUUCAAAAAAAGUAAUUAAAGGAAAGUUGUAAAAAAUUAUUUAUGCAUCGAUGAAUAUUCAGGCGUAAAACGCUUAUGGAAGUUGAUUUUCAUUCCUUUUUCGGUGACAAGAACAUGACAGGUGCAUCAUUCUAUUUAUGUUUAAGUAUCUAGCAGCCAAGAUAUGUAAAUAUAAAGAAUUGGCACCAAACAAAUUUUUAAUUUUCCUAAAGAGUUGAUGUCAAAUUUUCAUUGUUAUCUGACAGAUUUUAUUUUGCUUUUUUCAGUUAGAACUGAACCGCAUGGGCCGUAGUUGACAUAGAAGCUAAAACAGUCUUUGUAAUGCUUUACUUUCGAAAAAAGUAAUUAAAGGAAAGUUGUUAAUAAUUAUUUAUGCAUCGAUGAAUACUCGGGCGUAAAACACUAAUUAAUAAUUGGUUUAUAAGUCAGCGUGCGUUCACCGAGAUAUGAAGCACGCGGGAAGUUUGGAGAGCACGAAAGAUGCGUAAGAGUUGCUCGAGGCGUAGCCGAGAGCAACUCUUGCUUCUUGAUUGUUAAAAAAACCGCGGAGAAAUUUUUUUUUUCUCGAGGGAUUUGUUUGCUGACGUCAUGAGUGUGCAUAAUAGGAAUAUGAAGCACGCUCACGCAGUUGAAUUUGAUUAGACAAAUUUACCAACUAGGUAAUAAUGAGGGUUGAUUUUUAUUCCUUUUUCGGUAACAAGAAAAUGACAGGUGCAUCGUUCUAUUCAUAGUUAAGUAUCUAGAAAACCAAAACAGUCUUGGCAUAACACCAUUGCACUUUGAUUAAUUAUUUGAAGACCACAAAAUAUCGUUAUCUUCUCAGCCUUAAACACCGCAUGACCCGCGCUGGGGCAAGACGGUAACUAACAAGCUAAUCAAUAAUGUGAAUGUUUGACUGCGGGGGAUUUAGUUUCGGAAGCUUUAAACUAACACGGCUUAUUUCAAACAGAAACAAACGUUAGAUUGUUGAACAGAGCAGGAAAAUUAAUUCAUUUGAGAAACUAGAGGGUAAGCUUCGAUCUUAAUUGCGGUUUAUCCAUGAUAUUUAACCUUUACCUCGAUAUUUAGCCAUACAUAGUGAAUAAUUUACAAGGAUAAACUGAUACAACGACCACAGAUCAGCAAACUCAAGAAAAAUGCCACUUUGUUAUUUUUGCAGUAUACUUCACUGGCCAUACCCAGUUUCAAAUAGACAGCAGAGGUUAGACAGAAAAUCAAGCAAAUUACAUUGAUCAAGAAAAGGAAAUAAGAAAACAGUGGUUUACAUCAUCAAAGAUGGCAUCCAACGACAAUUUCUCUCUAAUGGUGAUCGGAUUUUUAAUAUUUUACGGCUUUAUCUUCGUCAUCUCACUUGUGGGUAACAUAUGGGUUUUGGUGACAUGUUAUCGGAACUUGAACCGAAAUCGGUUUUCUCCGAUGUGGUACGUGGCAAAUUUAGCAUCUGCCGAUCUCCUUUUCACUUUUCUCACUCCUUUCCACGCCAUUAAUUUCAGUUGGCGUUGGGUCGGCGGUGAUGUAAUUUGCAAACUUCACGCAUUUCUUUUCGACACGAGCUACAAUACUUCAAUCACAACCCUUGUGGUUAUAGCUUACCUAAGACUCAAAGCUAUCACAGAUCCUUUCAAUUCUAGAAGCCAAAACUUUUCCAACAAGGAAUACAUCAAACUCGUUUUAAUCUGGUGUAUGUGCUUGGUAAUUUCCUCACCUACAGCAAGUAUGAACAAGGUCGAAACCGAUGAGGAUGGAAAACUGAUUUGCACCAACACCUCUUGGGGAAGCACUGGCAGGGAAAUAUACUACACCGUACACGCGAUACUUUUCUUCAUAAUUCCAUUGAUCUAUAUGAUUGCAACGCAACGAAAGAUAUUCCUCUCUCUUCGAGCGAUUGCUAUUCCAAAGUGCAACUCGCACAUCAUCAACUCAAAUCAAAGACAUAAGAAAGUUGCAAAGACACUUGCAGCCCUUUCUCUUGCCUUUUUUUCUUGUCAGUCUCCGUUUAUGAUUCUUAGACUGCUGAUUUAUUCUAACUUAGUGUCCCCGAGUCUAGUCUGGAGCGUGACUCAACUAAUGAUAUUUCUGAACGUGGCACUCGAUCCUUUAUUAUACGGCUAUUACGGAGAAAAUUUGAAGUCUAAGGUACGACGAUUCCUUCGAUGUAAUUAA